CGCCUACUUCCAUCGAUGCCACCGGUGAGCGAUGCAGCAGCCUGGCGGAGCUCGGGGUUAAAAGGGCUUCGGGUGUUUUUCAGACACCAGUUUUUCAGCUUUUGAGCAGCUAGUUAGAUCAUCCCAUCUCCUAGCAUGGCUUUACGCUGAUACCCAUCGAUUUAGCUCCCGAUUGUGUCUGUGUAGAAGUAAGAUGAUCCGCUGGAAGAUGAGUGGUUUCAGCCAGCUUGGGUUGCUCCUGCUGCUGCUGGUGUUAUUAUUUACAUCUCCAUUCGCCUUGAGCAGAAGUUUGAAGUGUCCUGAAGGGAAGUCCUGCUCGAACAGACCUCCUGUGGUCCUCAUUCCAGGCGAUCUUGGAAACCAGCUGGAGGCGAAGUUGGAUAAGCCCAGCGUCGUUCACUACAUCUGCUACAAGAAGACCGUAGAGUACUUCACCCUCUGGCUGAACCUGGAGCUGCUGGUGCCUGUAGCCAUCGACUGCUGGAUCGAUAAUAUGAGGCUGAUCUACAAUCAAACUACUCGAAGUACUGAAGCACCUCCGGGUGUGGACAUCCGGGUGCCUGGCUUUGGGCAAACCUUCGGCCUGGAGUACCUCGACCCGAGCAAACACAGUGUGGGAAUGUACUUCUUCACUAUAGUGCAGGCCCUGGUGGAUUGGGGUUACACUAGAGAUGAAGACGUCAGAGGGGCACCUUACGACUGGAGAAAGGCUCCCAAUGAGAACAAGGACUACUUCCUGAAGCUGCAGUUGAUGAUUGAGGACAUGGCACAUAAGUACGGUGGUCCUGUGGUCCUCGUCGCUCACAGCAUGGGCAACAUGUACACGCUGUACUUCCUCAAUCAGCAGCCGCAGGCCUGGAAGGACAAAUACAUCAAGGCGUUUGUGUGCUUGGGGCCUCCGUGGGCCGGCGUGGCCAAAACACUGCGCGUUAUGGCCAGCGGUGAUAAUAAUCGUAUUCCGCUGAUCAGCCCUCUGAAGAUCCGGACCCAACAGCGGACUGCCGUGUCGACGCCGUGGCUCUUCCCGUACGCGCACACGUGGCCGAACGACAAACCGAUCGUCUCCACGCCCAGCGCCAACUACACCGUGAACGAUUACGAGCGUUUCUUCAAGGAUAUUGGUUUCGAGGACGGCUGGGCCAUGCGCCAGGACACGGAGCAUCUGGUGCAGGCUUUGCAGGCCCCCGGGGUUCCCGUGCACUGUCUCUACGGGACCGGCAUCGACACGGCAGAGGCUUACCGCUACAGCACGUUCCCAGACGCCGAGCCCGAGGUGGUGAACGGCGAGGGAGACGGUACGGUGAACGUACGGAGCGCCAUACAGUGCAAACGCUGGACAGCCGAGCAGAAACAGCCUGUGAAGUUGGUGGAACUGCCAGGGAACGAGCACGUGAACAUGCUGCUAAACUUUACUACCGUGAAGUACAUUAAAGAUGUUCUGCUCUCACCCUGAUGCACACAACACUUUCACCUCCACUGUUUUAAUAGGAGAAAUGAGCAGUCGCACCUGACUGGGGAAAAACUCAGUUCUGCUUUUAUAACGCGUUUUUUUUAACACCCUUUCAGGGUGACUUCUGUUUUAAAAUUUAGUUUUUUCCCUAGAAAAAGCGCUUUGAACGGCUCGCCACUUUAAAUACGAGAAACAACGGGGCUCACUUUCAUAACUGAAAAUGCCUCAGUUCUGCCUUUUUAGGACUCUCACUUGCCCUUUGGUAACUAACCACUUCUUUAUUUCUGAAAACAUGGUUAUGUGGUUACCUGCAUCAUAUUGAGGAGAUGGACAUGUUACCCCAUCUCACAGUCUAUACGCAUGUUCCAGGGGCGAAAUCAGACAAAAACGAGUGCAAUUUUAUUUUUCAGGUUAAAAAAAUCCUAAAUAUCGACUACAUAUUUUAGACAAUGUUCUGUGCCAUUUUAAAUGAGUUAUCUUCUGAUACUAAUUUACCUUGUCUUUUCUUUCCUUUCUCGACUGGAGGAGAACUGAGGCGAACCAUAGUACUGCAUUGUAAUUCUUGUAAUUAUGCCAUAAAUGUUUUAUCGAAUAUAAAUCAGAUGUUAUAUUUUCAAUGAUUGUAUUUUUUCUUUUCUUCUCUUGUCUAUAAAUCGGACGCUAAACAAGACACAACUGCAUUUGCAGACAUUAAAUAUGCUCAAGACAGGGAUCUAAACUUUGGCCAUUCCUUCAGCAGUAAACUCAUGCUGAUAUGUUUACGGUGAACACGACUGGUUUGAAAAAAAAAAAUGAUGCAGUUUAAAUGCCAUACUUCCCAGGUUAAAAACUUUCAUAUACAGUCAAAUGAAGUGUGUGUAUAGCAUUAUAUACGUGUGUGUGUGUGUGUGUGUGUGUGUGUGUGUGUGUGUGUGUGUGUGUGUGUAAAAAGCAUUUAUAUUUCUUAAGAGAUUAUUAUUUUUUUUUUUUUCUUCCAUGAAAUCUGUUUGUUCCAAAUGUGUCCUUAAUCCAUUUAUUGCCGGUAAUAUUUAUUUCCCAUUUGUUUAUUCAAAAAUCAAGAGAAAGUUUGUUCUUAUUUUGCUGAUCUCAUUCUGAUAAAGUUCUAGCUUCUCAUACAGCUCAUACAAGGAACUCAUUAAAGGAAUGCUUGGGGUUUUUGGCAUGUUUCUUUUCUUUUAUUGAUUUGUUUAUAUAUUUUUGCCUGUUUAAAUGGAUGUGAGAACUGUAUAAAUGAUGAGAAUUUACACAUCAGUAUUGUUCAUUUUAUUGAUGAAGAAAAUGCUCUUGUGCCUUUUCAAACUUGUCAAGUUUGUAUAUUGUACACUGGUGGAACAAUGUGGAUUUUAAGCUUAA